CCGUACAGGUACGUACGUCGCAACUUUGUACGUGUGUUAACUUCCGAUUCACUCUCAAAGCAAUUUUUUUCGCUUUCUGCGGUCUGCCGCCGUGCAAGAUCGUUCUCCAUCGAAAUCUCUUCUUGAAUCCACUUGCAGAGUCUCAUAAUUCAUUGUACGUGAACUCUUUCACCAGUCGCUUAAUAAUCUGUAAACAUGAUGUUCCGCAACUCCGCCAUCCUUGCCUUGGCUCUGUGUGCUUCCACUGUCACUGCUCAGGACACCCUCCCAAGUGGAGGAAAUUGUAGUCCUGAGCCAGACCCUCCGUCGGUUGGAACUUCAAAUUCUUGCCUUGCUCAAUUCGGUCCAUCUUCGGGCUCCGUGGCGUACAAAUGCAACCAAGAUCCAAGCCAGCCCAUGGGUUCUCCAUGGGCUUGCUGCCCCCCGGGUACCCCGGAAAAAAUUAAUCUCGAUCACGGCCAGACCAACACCUGUGUCCUUGCUAGCAUUGUAGGCGGCGUUCCAUUUAUUCCCGACCCCACUCCCGAACCUGUAAGUAUCGUGCGAAGCAAAUGAAAAAUUGAAUUACAAAGUUGUUGCUCCGAAGUUUUUUAAUUCUUCUCCAACUUUUUUUUUGAAAUUCUGCGCUAACCGUUGUUUUUUUGGGCAUCCCGUGUUUUGUUCGCUUCGUCUCAUACACGCAGACUCCCCAACCCACACCCGAACCAACCCCGGAGCCAACUCCCGAACCAACUCCCGACCCAACCCCAGAACCAACUCCGGAGCCAACUCCUGAGCCAACUCCCAAUCCUACCCCCAAUCCUACCCCUGAGUCCUUCAAAUCCAACAACGAUGCAUCGGACGAGAAUCUUGUCGUCAGUGAUGAAUCGUCUGGCAGCCAAGCCAGUACCAUCCUCUCCGCUGCCAUGUUGGCCGUAGCAGCUUUCGUCUAAGUCGGACCCGUGAAAUUCUGUCAAAAGUUACUGUACUAGAUUGUUGGUCCGGAACGCACACGAUUGAUCAGCCUUCAAAUUCAUUUUCUACGUAGAGAGGGAUCGUGCUCUCUCUGCUUCAUCGCCAUUUCCAAAGUAGGAAAAGAUCGUGCUCUUUAAAUCCCAGUAGCGAUUGGCAUGACCAUUAUUUCAUCAAGAUUCAAUUCUGAGGUAUAUUCCUGUACUGCGAGAUCACUGAUUUAAGUUCACUACUCUAUUAUUUGUUUUAAUAAUGAAAUGUUGCUCUAACC